AUGGAGCAGAGGUUCGAAUUUGUGCGGGUUGGGCAGACUAGAAUCCCUAUAGGAAGGCCCUCCUGCUCAUUGCGCCCCCCCAUGCGAACCAUGGAUGUGUGCAAUGCCCGCACCCUUGCCAGUUGGCCAGAGGGGCGGUUCCUAGACAGCGAGGAGCGAGGGCGGCUGGCCUCUGGGAAUUUGACAAGGUGCGUUGCAGAGGGGGUGGAUGCGGUGGAUGCACCCAUAAGGGAGGCUGAAGAGGAUGCGCCCAUGGAGGAUUUGGCUGCUGUGGGGGAAGAGGAAGUGACGGACGGGGAUUCAGCUUGCAGCUCGGUGGAUGCCGCCCAUAUAGGGUGGAGCCUCACCGAGUCUGAGAGUGAGAAUGGAUGGGAAGGGGAAUGGGAAGCGGAGAGCGAGGCAGGGUCGGAUUUGGCUGUGCAUGAAGAGGCAAGGGAUGAGGAACCAAGACAGCUUGCUGUUGCGGAUUGGGAACAAGCACUUGAAGUUGUCUCACUUGACACAGAGGCAAGGGACCUACCCACACUGGAGGACUUGUGCCAGUCCUACCCCUACACAUUGGACGACUUUCAGAAGCAGGCCAUUUCUGAACUCCUGGCUAGAAAAUCUUGCCUUGUAUGCGCACCUACAGGUGCUGGUAAGACUGUGAUUGCGGAGGCAGCCGCUGCUUACUUUUUUGCAAAAGGAAACAAGGUUAUCUACACCACCCCUCUGAAGGCACUCAGCAAUCAGAAACUGCAAGAGUUCCGGGAACGUUUUGGCUUCGAUAUGGUGGGGCUGUCUACAGGCGACUGCACCAUCAACCCUGAGGCCCCAUUGAUAGUCAUGACGACUGAGAUAUUGAGGAACAUAAUGUACAACACAAAAUCAACAGCGUCAGGUGGGAUGAACGGACAAGAGAGACUGAAGAACAUUGGAAUGGUUGUCCUUGACGAGGUCCAUUACCUGAAUGAUGAGCAGCGAGGCAGCACAUGGGAAGAGCUCAUCAUAAAUUGCCCAUCGCACAUCCAGAUGUUGUGCAUGUCGGCCACAGUUGCGAAUCCACAGGAGUUGGGGAGUUGGAUAUCCCAGAUCCACGGGGAGUGCACAACAGUAGUGACUUCCAAAAGACCGGUGCCCCUUCGUUGGUACUUUUGCUAUGGCAAUCAGAGGGCCACGUCCAUCAGGCCCUUCUUCAACAAACGGAACACUAAAGUGAGCCCAGCUCUACUGGAGGAGGUGUCUGGGUGGAGAAACCCUUUUGCAUUUAUUCCGCACCUGCACGGCGUUGUGCAGCGGCUCAUCCAGAAAGACUUUCUCCCAGCCAUCAUUUUUGUUUUCAGCCGGCGGGAGUGCGACGAGAAUGUGCUCCUGAUACACGCAAAGGGUCUCAAUCUCACAAGCAAGGCAGAGCAGAAAAUUAUCAGACGCGAGCUGGAGAGUUUAAGAUCUGAGCAGGGGGAAGUGGUUCGGGAACAUCUUGUGAAGGCCCUCGUCGCCGGCAUCGCAUCCCACCAUGCUGGAUGUCUGCCAGGCUGGAAGUCGUUGGUCGAGAGACUAUUCCAACUGGGUGCCAUCAAGCUUGUGUUCGCAACAGAGACACUGGCAGCAGGCAUAAACAUGCCAGCAAGGACAACAGUGAUCACCAAGCUAGCUCGGAAUCGAGGGGGAAUUCAGAUGCUGUUGCACAACGAACUGCUGCAAAUGGCAGGGAGAGCUGGGCGGAGGGGCUAUGAUGAAGUGGGACAGUGUGUCAUUCUGGAGAGUGGGUAUGAGGGUGUCAAGGAGGCCAUGAAAUUGUUUCGUAGUGGUCCUGAGCCCCUGGAGUCUAAGUUUGCAACAGGCUAUUCCCUUGCACUUAACCUGUUGAGCGCGUACCCGUUGGAAGAUGUGCGGCAGUUCCUUGAGAAGAGCUUCCGCAAUUUUCAAACAGGCAUUGGCCUUGAACUGCGAAAGGCACAGGUUUCAGAGCUGAAGGCAAAAGCUUCAGAAUUGGUUCAGGAAACUGAGAGGAUGGCUACACAAGAAGAACAAGCUGUAUUGAAACAGUACAAUCAUUUAAAGGGGAGACAAGAGACUGAACGUGAAGUACUGAGGGCCAUGGUUGCGGAUGCUGUAGAAUCCCGGUCCAAAGAGGUCCAGCAGCGCCUGCUUGGUCUUCAGAUGCCAUGCCCCAUUCUCCUCGACUUGAAUCACAGUGCCACAGGGAAAGGUGCUCUCCAGAAUGCGCUUGCUGUGCAGCUGAGGGGCGAUGCUAUGGGCAACAGCUCUAAGGAGAUGACUGGCGACGCUAUUGGUUUGCAUGUUGUCACUUUGACUGCAGAUAACCAGGUGUAUUGUGUUCCAGUAAGACACGUUGUGGGCAUCAUGGAAGCGAAUUAUGCGCCUCCCACAGAGUGGCAAGAUGUCGUGAGACUUACCCAAGAAGCACAGAUGGAGGAGCAGUUCGAAUAUAUGAGCGGGGGAGUGCAGAGGCUUUCUGGUUCUUUGGAAACUGCACGUGUCGCGAUUAAAAUUCCUCCUGUCUCAGCUAUCAGUCUGGUGCCGUUCGCAGAGGAGCAUGAGCGCGUGCUGGUGGAGCAAAGCAAGAAAACAAAGGAUGUGUCCCGAGCAAUCAACAGGAUUGUCAAGGACCAGUCCAGAAUGAAGAAGGCGUCAGACAAGGUGCGGCGUCGAUUGGGGAGGGCGGAGCGCAUGCUGAAGGCUGCAAAAAAGGCACAAGCGGCGCUUGUGAUGCGACAAUCGCAGAGCUGGCGAGACUUCAAGGGAAUAAUGGAGAUUCUGCACGUUGCAGGGGCGCUCGAGAGAGAUACCUUGAAGAUCCUUCCCUUGGGGCAGGCCGUCAGGGAGUUGUCGGGCGCCCACAACCUGUGGAUGGCAACGGUCCUUACGCACUCAAGCGUGCACCAGCUCAGCCCCAUGCAGCUUGCCGCGCUCAUGGGAGUCCUGGCCGACCCGGAGAUCUCCAGCAAGCCAAAGGCGUCCGCCUCCUUUCCUCCAGAUGAGGCUGUCUGCCAGAUCUUCUGUGACCUCGAGGAGGCCCACGCCCGCCUGUGCGAAGCCCAGAUUAUCCACAGUGUGCCAAACUUGUGCAGCGCCAUGGUUGUCGACGUCCGCCUCUCAGGUCUCGUGCAGGCGUGGGCAGCUGGCUGCAGCUGGCAGGAAGUAACGGGUGGCACAAGCUUGGAUGACGGGGAUGUGGCACGCGUCCUGACGCGCACACUUGACCUCCUGCGGCAGGUCACGCAGCUGAGCGUAUCGCCCAAGAGCCUGAAAAAGACGGCACGCAUCGCAUUCUCUGCUAUGAACAGGAAGCCAAUACGGGAUCUUAUUGUCUAG